AUGCCUUCUCCGUGGAAAUUCCUAGGCGCCUAUUUAGCGGUCUGCAGUUCAAGUCUCGUGCAGGCCAAGAGCAUCUCCCUUGAGUCCAAGAACUUUGAUAUUGCGACGGCAUUAGACAGCCAUGGUAUCGACUCCUCAAUCAUCCAGUCCCAGGGCAGUGGGACCAUACAAUCCACCGAAGUCGGGUGCCAGGACGCGUGCACUAGAUUGGAAUCCAGGUUUGGCCCCGGCAAAGUUCUCACCCCAAACACCACGGCCUACAGCAACUUCACCCAAUCGUUCUGGUCCGCCCAUCAAGAGGUUCAGCCAAGCUGUAUUUUCACACCUGCUGUAAACACCGAUGUCUCUGCCGUUGUCCUGCUGUCGCGUCUCACAAGGUGCCCAUUCGCCGCUAGAAGUGGUGGCCAUGCUGCGUUUAAAGGCGCGUCCAACAGCCCUGGCGGGAUCACCAUCUGGUUCAAGGAUAUGAAUGAAGUGACUCUCAGCGAGGACAAAUCGGUGGCUUCCAUCGGUCCUGGUAAUGUAUGGGACUCAGUCUACAAAGCUCUCCAACCACAUGGCCUAGCCGUUAUUGGGGGUCGUGCUUCUGGCAUCGGCGUCGGUGGACUCAUUACUGGCGGUGGCAUCUCCUUCUAUUCCAACCUGUAUGGGUGGGCUCUAGAUAAUGUCCAAAGCUUUGAGGUUGUCACUGCCAACGGUGAUAUCGUCACCGCCAGUGAGACUCAAUUACCCGAUCUGUAUUGGGGUCUGCGCGGAGGCGGCAACAACCUGGGGCUUGUAACCAAGUUCAAUCUCUAUACGAUUCCUAGCCCGAUGAUGCGUGGAGGAACGAGAAUCUUCACGCAGGGGCAAUUUGGCCCUGUCAUCAAAGCCUUUGUCGAUAUCGUUCACGAAUCCCCGGCCGACGGCAAUGCUCAGUACUAUGUCGCCUUCAUUCGCAGGGAUGGAAUAAACAUGGCCGCGGCCGAGCUCACCUACGCGAAAAACGAGACCGACCCUCCGAUCUACCGACAGAUCAGAUCCAUCCCAUCCAUCGCGGACACGACGACCUCCAAGGAUCUUGUCAAGUAUUGCAAGGAUAUUGACGUACAGAACCCGAACGGGCUGCGCGAGAUAUACUGGUCAAUCUCUGCGUAUCUCAAUGAGGAAUUCGCCAAGUGGACCUGUGACUAUUACUUCUCCGUGCUGCAUCAGACAGAUGGCGUGAAAGGCGGUUACCCUGUGCUGGUCUACCAGUUCCUGACUGAGCCAAUUUUGAAAAACAUGACGAAUUACGGAGGAAAUGCAUUGGGUCUUGACGCGUCCAAGGGGCCUAUUCAUCUCUUGCAGAUUUCGUUCUGGUGGGAGGAUGCUGCGGAUGACGAUAAGGUUUACAAGUUUCUCAACGAUUUUUGGAACGCUGUUAGUGCUAAGGCCAAGAGUAUGGGUGUCUAUAACAAGUGGAUUUAUAUGAACUACGCCAGCCAGUUUCAGGAUGUCAUUGCCAGUUAUGGUGAGACUAAUAAAGCCCGCCUGAAGCAGAUCGCUGUCAAGUAUGACCCAGAUGGCAUCUUUCAGACUCUGCAGCCAGGAUAUUUCAAGUUGUCACGUGCGCCGGUGGUGAAUCCGUAUUAA